AGGUCAUUUUGGGCCGUGGCGGCCCAAUUCCGGUCACGGUCGGCGAUUUUGCCACCCCUUCGUUACCAAUAGGGUUUAGUCGGGGGAGUCCUCUUUUAUCCUCUCCCUCCUCAGCUACACUCUGGUGAAUGGCGGACAAAGCUGGAAAGGGAUCUGCCUUUCCUGGAGGAAAUGAUCUAGGAUCACUCAAAGGUAAGAGUGCUGCUGCCCUCAAGGAGUCGCAUGUUGAAAUUGAAUUAUCAGAUUCUGAUGGUGAAGGUUUUAUUGAAACACCUCUUCCAAGUUCCAAAGGAAAAUCAUCAGCUGAGGCUAAAUCUGGCAAGAAAAGGGUCUCUUUUUCAAGCUUAAAAACAAGUGGUAACAAUCUAUUCAAUAAUUCAACUGCAGGAGAUCUUGGUAAAAGUUCCAACGUUGGAAAGGCUGGGGGAAAAGGAAGCUUACCACAAGCAACACCACUCGAGCCUUUGAUAGCAGAAACACAAUUGAAACUCGAACUAGAACUUCCAAAAGGUGCUAGAUUAUUAAUGGAUUGUGAAGCUGCAGAAGUUUUACAAGAUAUCCAUGAACACAUGACUGUUCUAUCACAAGAUCCCAAGAUAAAAAUGCCUGAGUCAUUUAGCAAGGCAUUUCAAUAUUCCAAAGUCAAUGAUCAUUAUAACAAUGCCAAGGCUGUGCGACAGGUUUUGGAAACUUUGAAACUAAAUGCAGUCACUGAUGGCGAGAUAUGCUUGAUGGGGAAUGUUUGUCCAGAGAAUGUAGAUGAAGUUUAUGCUUUAAUACCAUCCUUGAAGGGAAAUAUAGAAAAGAAUGAAGUGGCACUCAAAGAUGCCAUAGCUAGUCUGGCAAAGUUCCGAACACCAAAAUAAUUAUUGUUGCAGUUCACUGUGACCAGGAUCAGAUUUCCUAUUACCAGUAUCAAAAUAGUGGUUCUUCACCUGAGAGUGAUUUAGAUCACCGCUCUAUAAAUUUAAGAAGCCACCUCGUUUGAUCUGUUCCGGAUUUUCAUGGCCCAUAUGAGAAACUGCAGUGGUUUAAGUGUCGGUAGGUUGUGCCUAACUAGGCACAAGAAGUUGGAUCUCUAAGUCUAGAACAUGAUGAGUUCGCUUGUUGCUACCUCUUCCUGUUGGAGCAAACUUACCAUUUUAUAUAUAUUACUUUUUUUACUAGCAGUGACACUACUGAAUGGGCUUGACUGAGCUAUGGCUACUUUAUUGCUGAGUCGAGCUAGGCUACAGGCAGCACUGUCUAUUUGACAAAUUUUGAGUCAUAUUGAAGUUUCAGUUUAUGACAGGAAUUAUACAGUUUCGGUA